AAGAAGAUAACAAAUGGAAUUAGUGUAUCUUCUCUGCUCUAUACUCUCCACUUCCUUCACUUCCUUCUUCCUAUCUCUUCUCCUCCUUAUUCGCCUUCUGCUCCGCCGAUUAGGUUACCGAUUUGAUGCCGCCGGAGCCGGAGAAGGAAAAGACUGUGUUUCUCUUUACGAAGGAACUGUAUGGCACGAACGACGUCGUCCGGUUCAUCAUUCAUUCCGGUACCCGGUUCGUUACGCACUUAUUGACCUUGAUCGUUCGUCUAAUCCGCCGUCUGAUCACUUCUCAGCUAAUGAAGCUCGACGCAUUUCUGGCACUACUGGUCCAGUUUUCUUGUUGACAAUACCGCCCAGUGUGGGAUAUGUGCAAAAUCCGUUGAGUUUGUAUUAUUGCUAUGAUACUGAAGGCUCCUUGCAGUAUUUGAAGAAAUGCAUUGCUGAGGUGACUAACACCCCAUGGGGUGAAAGGGUAUCAUUUCUGUUCAACCCAAACUCAGAUGUAGUUGCAAAAUCUCUUCAUGUUAGUCCUUUCAUGGAUAUGCUAGGAAACUGGACCAUGAAAACAAAUACACCUGGGGAUAAUCUAUUUGUAACAAUUUCAGUAAAUCAUCCGAAACAUGGUGAAUAUUUCUCAGCUUCAUUGAUGGCCAAAAGAGUAUCAUCCUCCACACAUACUGAUCUAGAUUUAUUCUUCUGGCUAAUGCCUCACAAGGUUGCAUUAGGGAUAUAUUGGCAGGCUCUCAAGCUUUGGUGGAAGGGCGUUCCUUUCUUGCAACAUCCAAGGUACUAUAAUCCUAGAUACAGAGAAGAAGCCAUUCUAUCUGAUGAGAAGCUUCAAUGUUGUCCGGCUUUUGCAUUUGAGACACAGAACAAUCAACAGGCUGGAGAGCACUGUUUCAGUCCUGCAGAUCACUCAACUUCAAGACAUCAUGGCUUCACUUGGAGGGAUGCAAAAUGGCCCUGGUGCUAAUUGCAGUAUUGGAAUAAUAUCAAUACCCUAUGCACUUUCCCAAGGAGGAUGGUUAUGUUUGAUGCUACUUCUUUUAGUAGCAAUUAUAUGUUGUUACACAGGAAUACUUUUGCAAAAAUGCAUGAGUGUUUCACCAUCAAUUAAGACAUAUCCUGAUAUUGGUGAAUUUGCUUUUGGUAACAAAGGAAGAAUAUUGAUAUCCAUCUUCUUAUAUCUUGAACUAUACUUUGUUGCAAUUGAAUUCCUCAUAUUAGAAGGUGACAAUUUGCAAAAAUUAUUCCCAAAUGCAAAAAUUCAUUUUGGUUGUGUUAAAAUUGUUGGAAGGGAAGUAUUUGUUUUAUUAGUUGCUAUUAUCAUAUUGCCAACAACAUGGUUGAAAAGUUUAGGUUUAUUGGCUUAUGUUUCUAUUGGUGGAGUUUUGGCUUCAAUUGUUUUGGUUUUUUCAAUAUUUUGGGUUGGUGCAAUUGAUGGUAUUGGAUUUGAAGAAAAAGGUGUGAUUUGGAGAUGGGAUGGAUUGAUAAGUGCAAUAAGUAUGUAUACAUUUUGUUAUUGUGGUCAUGCUGUGUUCCCAACAAUAUGCAAUUCCAUGAAGGAUAGAAGCCAAUUUCCCAAGGUUUUAUUUGUGUGCUUUAUAGUAAGCACCAUAACCUAUGGAUCAAUGGCAACUAUGGGGUACUUAAUGUAUGGACAAAAUUUAAUGUCACAAAUAACAUUAAAUCUCCCAACGGGGAAAAUUAGUUCAAAAAUCGCGAUAUAUACGACACUUGUUAAUCCAAUAACAAAGUAUGCUCUUGUCGUCUCUCCAAUUGCAACGGCUAUUGAAGAUAAAUUACCUUUACGAAAGAGUAAAUUUAUCGUAAGCUACUUCAUCAGAACACUUUUAGUCAUCAGCACGGUCACUGUUGCGUUAACCGUUCCAUUCUUUGGAUAUGUCAUGGCAUUUACGGGUGCGCUUUUGGGCGUUACCGUGUCGAUAUUGUUACCAUGCCUAUGCUACCUCAAGAUCAAGAAACCUUCCUAUUUGGAAAUUAUGUUUAUUGUUAUGAUUUUGAUUUUUGGUUCUUCAGUUACCCUAUCUGGAACUUACACUUCUUUGAAAAAUAUUAUUAGUCAUGUGUAGGGGUGACGAAUAAUAG